AUGGGGAAGAAUAACGUUUUAGUUAAGGUUCAUCUUGAACGGAAAUAUGUUGUUGACAUUGAUAAAAAUAUCGAUAUCACCAAGAUAACUCCAUCAACAAGAGUUGCUCUCCGUAAUGACAGUUAUGUGCUUCAUUUAAUCUUGCAAAGCAAAGUUGAUCCAUUGGUCAACCUCAUGAAAGUUGAAAAGGUCCCAGAUUCCACAUAUGACAUGAUUGGCGGUCUUGACCAGCAAAUUAAAGAGAUAAAGGAGGCUGUGUGCACAGAAUCUGGGAUGUUUGCUCUGUGGGAGAGGAGGGUUAAUGUAACACAAGAAGAUUUUGAGAUGGUAGUGGCAAAGAUAACUCCAUCAACAAGAGUUGCUCUCCGUAAUGACAGUUAUGUGCUUCAUUUAAUCUUGCAAAGCAAAGUUGAUCCAUUGGUCAACCUCAUGAAAGUUGAAAAGGUUCCAGAUUCCACAUAUGACAUGAUUGGCGGUCUUGACCAGCAAAUUAAAGAGAUAAAGGAGGGUUGGGUUACUUAUAUGUUGGCAAUUGAAAACUAA